AUGAAAGAUCUCGGCAAUCUUCAUUAUUUUUUGGGUAUUGAAGUUCAACGUUCUGCUGCUGGUCUCUCCCUCACUCAAUCUAAAUAUGCUCUGGAUCUAUUACGCCACACAGAUAUGCUUGAUGCCAAACCCUAUGCCACUCCAGCUGUAAGUGGUAAACGUUUAAGCAUUAAUGAUGGUGAUGCCUUAUCUGAUCCUACUGCUUUUCGAAGUGUUGUAGGCGCCCUUCAAUACCUCACCAUCACACGUCCGGAUAUUGCCUUUGCUGUUAAUCAAGUUUGUCAAUUUUUACAUAAGCCUACUACCACACAUUGGGUUGCAGUGAAACGUAUUCUACGGUACAUCAAGAAAACUCACAAUCAUGGUCUCUUUUAUAGGCCUGGUUCUUUCAAUAUAAAUGCUUUCUCUGAUGCGGAUUAUGCUGGCGAUCCAGAUGACCGAAUCUCCACUGGUGGCUCUUGCAUCUAUUUGGGUCCUAAUCUCAUAUCUUGGUCUUCUAAGAAACAAGGAGGUGUCUCUCGGUCAAGCACAGAAUCUGAAUAUCGUCAGCUUGCUUAUACAGCAGCAACCAUUUCAUGGUUCCUCCAUCUCUUCAAAGAUCUCAAAUUGCAUCUCUCUUGUCCCACUUUAUGGUGCGACAAUAUCAGUGCUCUUUCUCUAGCAUCUAAUCCAGUCUUUCACACACGGACACCCCAUGUGGAGGUCGAUUAUCACUAUGUCCGUGAAAAGGUGGUUCGACAAGAGCUUACAGUUCACUAUCUCUGCACAACUAAUAUGAUUGCAGAUCUAUUUACAAAAGGUUUGCCAUCUGCUAGAUUCUCUUCCCUAGUACUCAAGCUUCCUGUUCGUGCACGCCCCGUCAGCUUGCGGGGAGGUGAUAACUCAAUGGAAAUUGAUAACUGCAAAUCACCUAUUAAAGAUUGA